AGAGCACCCUGUCGGACCUCGUAAGUGUGUGAGCCGUGAUUUUUGAAGACAGUUUAACGUAAUUUAAGAUUAUAAUGAUCAUCUUGGAUUAAGGUUCCUUUUCUGUUUGAAAACUGAAGAGAAAUAAAGACAAAAAUGACGAACAAAGACGGAGAUAAAAGCGUGAAGACUGCAUUCCGCAGCCAGAAACAAGCCAGGGCGCACCAGGAGAAGAAGGAACCAUCCUCUAACCUUGUGCCAGGUGGCUCUUAUUCAAAGGAGGCGCAGGUCACAAGUCAGUGCGACCCUGUGAAGGAGGUGAAAACAGCAGGACCACAGGGGAAGAGAGGGGGGAAAUUAUCAUCAAGUGUCAGCACUGAGUGCCAGAGGAGCCCCGGUGCGCAGAGGAAACUGUCCGACGCCAGCAACGCUUCAGAGGAUCUGAGCAAAGACUCGGGCUGCCUGUCGGGGAAAAUGUCCUCCUCGGACAGCAGCUCAGAAAUCUCUGACUGCCCUUCGGACGGCAACAAGCACGACUCGGAGUUAAGCUGGAUAGACGGCAAAGCUUACGUGAGCCCGGACAACGAGGGCGCAGGCGACGGCAAACCGUGCGCAAAAGUGGCGAGAGAUAUCCAGGCGGAUGCUCCUGGAGGGGGGCUCAGUUUGUUCAACUCCUCAGGGGCUUUUAUGAAUCUCAUGAUGGGGGAAACAACCGAGGACCUCGUUAGGGAAGUGGAAGAUCUGAGAUCAGAGAACGAGUAUUUGAAAGAUGAGGUGGAGGAGCUGCGCUGUGAGAUGCUUGAAAUGCGCGACAUGUUCCAGGAGGAGGAGGUUUACCAGCUGCAGGAGCUGCGGCUGCAGCUGGAGCAGGCCAAUAAGAUGUGUCGCAUCCUGCAGUACCGCCUCCGCAAGGCCGAGCGCCGCAGCAUCCGAGUGGCUCAGACCGGACAGGUGGACGGGGAGCUGGUCCGGAGCCUGGAACAUGACAUCAAGGUUGCAAAGAGCGUGUCCCUCCGUCUGUACAAUGAGCUGGAGGCAGUGCAGAAGAAGAAUUCCCAGUUGGAGUGGGAAAAUGAAGUGCUGCGUGAGAAAACGCAGGAAUUGGAAGUGGCCAGGCAGGUCUUACAAACUGAGGUGGAAAAAGCCAGAGAGAGCUCUUUGAAGAGGAAGAGCAUCAGAUCGGCAGCCAGUAAGGCAGAGAAGAGGCUCUCUCAACAGAUUGAGGAUGACAGCGCUGAUCUCAAGUGCCAGCUCCACUUUGCCAAAGAGGAAUUAGCACUCAUGUGCAAGAAGCUCACCAAAUUGGUAUCAGAGAGUGAGGGAAUGCGGGAGGAGCUCGCCAAAUACUGCUCAGCCUAUGGGGACGUAGACGCUACCCAAUCACCUGAAGGCAAGCAAAGCUACGCCCGCGCCAGGGAGGCGGAGGUCAAAGUUCAUCUUAAACUGGUGGAAGAGGAGGCCACACUACUCAGCCGGCGCAUUGUUGAACUGGAGGUGGAGAACCGUGGAUUGAGAGCAGAAAUGAGUGACCUCAGGGAGAAAAUUGGAAGUGGAGGAGGUUGUGGGGAAGAGGAAGAUGAAGUGAAUCGGAAUGUUUUGGAGGAGAACCUGUCAGCCAGUAUUGCGAUGAAGGAAAGAGAGGAAAAGGAGAAAAGUGUGAAAACGGGACCGGUGAUGUACGAGCAGGGUCAGGUUGAGGAAUCUGAGAAAAGAAAGAGUGAUGUGGAGAAUGAAGGGAUGAUCACUCGUGAAGGUCCUGUGGGAGGCGAGUGGGACCCCUCAGACAGUCAUGAGAGCGAUGACAACAAAAAACUCCUGGGGAUGACUCUGAAGGACUAUGAAGCUCUGCUGGCUCUCAGAGACCAUGCCUGCAUUUUGAGCUCAGCCAUACAGCUCCUGAUUACAUCACCCAAAAAUGGCCACAGCUCGUCUCCCUCCUGCGCUUUCACCUCACCAACGGACUCUAAUAGUAAGGCACAGAAGAUUUCUCUAAAUGAGGCUUUGGAACUUUUGGAGGCCAUGUUGUUGGCUUUCAUUGGGAGGGUGGAGAUGCUUCUAACAGGCGAAGAUACACAGAAGAACUCUGUUCCAAAGGAAGCUUGGGACUCCUACAGUUUCCCUUCCCUCUGUGUGAAUCGGGACAUGGAGUCAGAGAGUAAGCAGGAGUAUGGAGAGGUGAAGAAGCAAGAAAAACAAAUGAGAAAAACACCUCUUCAACACGGCCUCAUUGAAAACCGCAGGGAUCCAAAAAUGCGGCUUUCACUGCAAAUUCUUUGGAUUCUCCAUCAGUGGAGUCAAGUUAAAGGACCUGACAUAGAGGGAGGACAGGAUAGAGAGAAAACCAUGUCUGUGCUGAAAGGCUUGUUGCAAGACCUCAGUGUAGAGCUUCAGGAUGAGCGGAUUGAAUGUGAUAGUGAGGCCAAGGCCACGCCAGGCAAGCCAGCUGAGCUUCCCAUCGGUGGUGUUUUUCAAUAUGGACGACACCGUGAAGCUGACAGAACCUGCAUCUCAACAGGAAAAAGACUCAGGCGACAGUUUCCGCCUUACGGCUCUCAGAGGAAGAACUGGUGCUAUCUGACUCAAGAGGCUGCCCAGCUUGACCAGGAGGACCCGGUUAAGACGUGGGACCAUCUAAUCAUGCCGCUUAGCUUCCCUGAUCUUGACUUUGAACAGAUGUCCAUGGACAGAAGCCACACUGCGCCAGAGAAGUCGACUGUCCGCAUCUACUACAGCCCCCCAUCGGCCCGCAGAAUCCAGCUGGCUCAGCUGAAGCAAAGUCCCGUCGCAGACAGAGGAUCUGUGGACGUGCCCUCUCCCUGGUGCACGCCGCCGACCUCCCUCUCACAGCUCCGUCUGGGCUCAUCUGCCAAUUUGAGUGAUGACAUGAAGGAAAUGACAGCCAGCUGGAGGCAGAAGCUUCAUGACAGUCCACAGGAAAAGAGAGAGAGAUUAGCAGGCCGAGGAUGGGUGGAUGUGUCCUGCUCUGGUACUCAGACCCACAUGAAACCAGAGAUGGUGAGUGUUGGUCAGCAGACAGAUGGGAUUCAGGGGUCAAGUACCACGAGAAGCAGUCCUUCUCGAGUCCUGAGCUCCUCUCUGGUUUCUGCCCGUUCUCACCACAUCUCUGCCUCACUGGAUGGGAUAACAGGUCGAGUGGAGAGGUCCAGACAUUCCACCUCCUCCCCUAAACUGUAUCGAAAACAGUCUCUCCCCUCUUCUCCCAAUCUGAGCUCCUCCUCCUCCGCAUCCACCUCUAGAGAUCGAGCGCUGUGGAACCUGGCACACCAAAAUCACUCUGGCCUCACAUGGUCUCGACAAACCAGCUCCAGAGCAGGUGCAGGACAAAACCACGGGUCAAUGAGUAACGCCAAGCUGCCCACCAAGGCUGCCGGAACCAACCGGUAUGGCUUGGUGACAGAGUUUCUGCGUAGGGUGAGCGGGCGGGCAGACAAACCAGUGCCUGGGACAGGGCAGAAGAUGAAGAGCAGCACGAGGAACCUGGAACGCGUCCCAACGAGGCCUCCCGCUGCCCCGCUGCACAGGAAUGACAGCGUGACCAGGAUCGUCAACCAGAGGUUCAUGAAACAGAGAGAGGAGGCCACCAAAGCCCAGAAGGAGGAAAAGGGGAGCAGCCUAAACCAGAGUGUCAAAAAUGGCCUGAGCACUGUCACAGCAGAGGAGGGGAGCUACGAGUGCAGCUCCAGCAGCACGCUGACCUUCUGCUUCGCUCGUCCAUCUCGCACCACGCAGAAACAAACGUCAAACCCAACCAAACUCCAGCGGCACAGAUACUCUCCUCCGGUGAGAGCAGCUGCAGACUCCACCUGCGGCUGAACGUGAAGGAAAACGGCAGCUUUCACACUGACGCCGCAGACAAAUUGAAUCUAUAAACUCUAAAAUGUAAAUUCAGCUUUUUGUAGGAUGUUUAGGUGAGCUUUAAGUACACUCAUAGAUCUUUUGGUGCAAUUAAAUUUUCAUAGAUGGACUUAACCCUUAACUCUUUUAUAAUUGCUAUAAUUGCUUUUAUAAUAUCUUUACUGUAUUU